UCUUAAUCCAUAUAUGGCAUAUCUCCGCAGAAUUUUCCAUUGUCUGAAUGUGUACGUACAACUUGAUAAGACGAAAGAAAUCGCUUCGUUGUGUAUAGUGUUGACUUCAUUGUGAUACGUACUCUGACUCUGGGUCUGGAUCGGCUUUUGAAAAUCAGUGUGAGAUAAGCGCAAAAUAUGUCGAAAGGACAAUCAAUUGACAAUUUGAAUAAAAUACCAUCAAUUGAAUUUCAAAAUAUUUUUCGAAAUGUUGUUGAAAACUAUCCACAAGCAGCAAUCGAAGUAUCUUCCCGGAGGCCAUUCGUCGACACAAAUCAGUUGGUCGAACAUUUCAACAAUUAUUUAACUAACCUCGACCAUGCAUCCAAGGUAAAAGUUCUACAACUGCAUCCGGACUUGGCUGGAAAGUUAGCUAGUGAUGGAGAACUAACCGCUGAAUCGGCUGAAGAACAGGCUGGUGCUGGAUUGAAUCGAAUUUCCAACGAGCAGUACAAACAGUUGAACCAGAUGAAUGAGAAAUACAAAGAGAAAUUCGGAUUUCCAUUUGUGAUUUGUGUGCGCGAAACGAAUAAGAUUGAGGCGAUAUUGAGAGGAAUAACUGUAAGACUGCAGAAUGAGAGGAAUGACGAGUUGGAUACGGGGAUAGAUGAAGUGAAAAAAAUUUGUCGAUUAAGGAUCGGGCAAAUCAUCGAUUUGCAGUGAAUGUGCGGACUUUUUGUUAUUAUGUAAAAUAAACCCAACUCAUCAAAAAGAAAUUUCGAAAAUAAAAGAAAUUACGAAGAAA